AGAAUUACAGACAAUCUUCUCCAGCGUUUGUCAUCAAGGUACUCCUUAAAGAGCGUGAGCGGCUCGAAGUCACCGGAACUAGCCAUAUAAUGUGGCGAUAAAGAUAACUCAUCUAACUCGUGUUCGACCCAGUGUCCUACGGCGGCCUCAGUCUCCACACUAUUAAACAACAAGAUCUUCAACUUACUGAACGAGCUUUAAGAGCGCUAAAUGGACCAUUGUCAUCAAACUGGGUUAUUUAAUUAGAGGGCGGAGGCAGGCUAUUAUGUCAACAUCACCUGCGAUUAUUAGGAUACUUUAUAAGGCCCGGUAGAGUGAGGUUAAGCCCGCUCUGUCUUAGAAAAUCACAAAGAGAGAAAGAGAAGGCUUCAUUAUGGUAAUCAACGCCAGACGAACUGCUUGUGUAACAGUUUUAUCUAUUGUUUUACUCAUGAUUGGCAACUUGGUGAGUUCACAACCUCGUGUUCCGCUAGAAGAGAGAGAGAUUUCUCCAUGGUACAGUGAACUGGUUAGAAUCCACAACGCCAAUGAAAUGGAUAGAGAAAAUAUGCAAAAACAUGCAUCCGGUGAACUUUCCAGAAAAUCCUUGCUAGACACAACAGCUACAAGAUUUUAUAUCCCACACCCAGAUCAAGGCAGAAAACAUAUGAAAGCUUCAGAAAACACAGACAAUAAGUCUAGAGACUACAGCAUGAUUCAAGGACUUCACAUUGUUUACCAUAAUCAGCCACAAAAUAAGUUUAAAACUCAACAGCAGCUAAUAACACACGUGGUACUGCAUGGGCAUGAAGAUGAGUCAAAUAACAAGGUGAUAAAACCUAGAAAGCUAGCAGACAAGUCGCCGAAAGAACUUACUGGAAUUAAAAGUCAAUCAGACAAGCAAGAAAUUAAAUUUCCAGGAUAUCACAAUUAUAUACACAACAAACAUAAAAACCAGGAAAAAGACCAAGCCAUAAAACUGACAAACCAGAAAAGAAAGGACCAGACAGACAGUGAGAUGGUGGCUGAACAACCUGACCUUCAUGUGACUGGUAGCACAAAAAGGAAGUUUCAUAAGGUGGCAAGAAGGUUUUUUACUAUACCAUGGGAAGAAUGUCUAAUCAUCAACGAGAACGGCAAGAUACAAGCAACACUCAGCCAGUCAGAUUGUGCAAAAUAUGGGACAUUCUGUGAAAUAAACAAUGGAGGAAAUAUAAACCUGAAGUCAACUACUGGUGACUAUUUUAUUGCAAUAAACAACACUGGCCAGAUAUAUGCAGAGAGCUCCCAGACUAAAGACACCAAUCUGACAACUAGUAUCGCGGAUCUGUUCAACUUCACAGUCAACAUCUACCGGAUAGUAGAUAACACACGCUGUUAUCUAAACGUUUCAUCCACGCGUCCAACAACGAAUUGUUCAAGGAAACCAUUCGCCCUGCAGUCAAGGAUCGUAGGGACAUGCAAAUAGGCGCGUAUUGUCGCCUGAGGCAUGUUUUAUUAGCCAGGAAGCCGACGAUAUUUGUGUUUGCUCGAACGCACUUGUAUGCGCGCAUCUUUGCUCAAUAGCCUUCUGGGUAAUUUCAAGUAUGACGGCUAGAAAAAUUACCCAUUGACCCGUGCGUGAGGCGUUGUUUUACCGCUCCCCAACAAAAGUGUGAGAAGUGCUACGAAGUAAAUAUCGUCUCCUUAAAAAUAUAAAAGAGAAAUAAUCAGAAGAGGAAAGAACUUCGCGUCUGUCUUAAAAAUUGCUAGAAUUUUGAUGAUAUUUUCUUGGAUAUUUUUGGAAAUAUUAAAGUAAUUAAAUCGUAUUUUCAUAAAUCC